CCGGCCAGAUAAAGAGACAGAGUGCCCAGCUCCGUCCGUGUGGCACUAUCGGACCCCAGGACAUCUGCACCAUGGGCUGACUUACUAUACUUGUGCCUCUGACUCUUUCGGUUCUCCCUGACUGCCCUGUCUCUCCCUCUCUCGCUCGUCCACCUUCAAUGACUUCUACAAAUGGGAAAGCAAAGUGGUGUUCGUGAUUCGUGUUAACAGUGAGGGAAAAAUCUAAAAGAGGUGGUAUGUGUCUGCGCAGUUGUAUAGAUAUUAGUUUGGCGUUCUUCAUCUAGGGGCGAACUUUCGUCGACCGAACACUCGUAACUCCAGUGGUGAUUACAAUGCAUAGGAUGAGGGUUUCUUGAACGCCAUAUACAUGUGUACGCAUACUAUCAUCUUCAAAGACUUUUUCCAAAAGGUUCAUUCUUGGAACGAGACACUUCAUCUGGGUAAUGGCACCCCGCGUGCAAUGUUGAACAAGCGCCUCGGAGGAAUGUUUUUGACUCUCUGAGGACAUUUUCUACAUUCUCCAGAUUCUCGACAGAUAUUUCAACAAGAGGAGAGGAAAAUGAAGGCCACAAAGCCCAGACGGACAUUCCGUUGGAAUAGACGAAACCUGUUUUGGGUUCAUGUGUUGAUUAUCAAGGUAAUGAUAAUGGACUCGAGAGCCGCGGUAGUUCCUGUCUGUCCGCCUCCAGGGAACAACGCCUCCACCGGCGGCCUGGAGUCUUCGUUCUGUCAGUGUAACCUGGAAACGGUGAUGAGUGGUACCCAGGUCUCCAUCUCCUGCACCUUCAGCAACCAGGAGGACGUCGAGUUAACAGAAGAUCUCUAUCCCUUUCAAAAACGCAACUUAGUCCAAGCUCGGGUGUUGGUCAGGAACGCCACCAGCGUCAGGGUCACUGAGGGAUUCCUGCGAAGUCUCCAGUCCGCUCCUUCGGCGGUCUUGGAUGUUUGGAGAGGAGGUCAACUCAUUUUCGAUUCCAGCCCGCAAGUACAAAGGAAUUUUGUCAACGUCUUCAAUACUUAUCUGGGUGUUGGAAUCAUCAGGUGCAAUGUGCCUUCUUUACCGAGCGUCUCUUCCGUGACAGGAAGGUGGGAAUCGUGGAUGGGCCCAUAUCGAAUGGGGUGUCGAUUCCUCUGCUUCCAAGGGCUGAUGAUUCUGACGAUAAGGGCAAGGGAUUCGGAAAUCUCCAACUCACAAUGGGCCCAAACUGCUCCCGGAUCCUUCAGUUUCAAGAAUGAGGAGGACUCUGAAACAACUUGGAAGAUGACAGACAGCCAGCUGAACCACGUCGAGACAGGGGCUAUCACUGCCACGGGGAAUCUUGACGUCACUUUUCGUGGGAACUCCUUCGGAAUGAUGCACAGAUAUGCUCUCAUGGUGAACGCUACAGGCGACACCGUGUUCGAGGAGAACGUCGUAGAUCGACUGGAGCCGGACGGUCUGAAGAUGUUCUUGUGUGGCAGCAAGAACAUUUCGAUGACCAAGAACACCGUCCACAUGGAGUCUCCCCACGACCAGCCCUACAACUCCUCUACUAUGCCCUUUCACCCCUCCUGUGGGAAGGUUCAGGUCUUCGUGGUCAUGAGUCCCCCGCAGCCCCAAACUCUGCAAAAAACGAGCAACGCGACCUGGGUCCUGUUGGCGAUCAUCAUACUCAUCGUGUCCCUGGUGACUGCUGUGGGAGUGUUCAUCUACAGAAACAAGGCGUACCUCCGAGAGUACAGAAGGGGAGAAACGCCCUACACGAUAGGGCUGGAGAGGACCACCAUGCAGGAACUACGCGACAAUAACGAACCUGAAACCGAGGAAGAGGACGUAGAGGAGACGGGACUGACCAACCCGGUGUACGGCAUCAAGGAGCCCAGUUAAGAGACCGUCUCGGUCGUCACGGCAAGGCAGGAAGUUGGAGUUAGGAAGUUGAUCACCCAAAGUUGUUUUUUUCUUCUUUUCUUUUUAUUGUCACCGCGCCCGUUGGCGUUCUCUUUAGAACUAAGCUGUAAAUAUUCAGACUUUCGUUAAUGGCUAACACUCAGUGAAUUCUGUCAAGUCAUCUCUCUCUCUCUCUCUCUCUCUCUCUCUCUCUCUCUCUCUCUCUCUGUUAAACUAAAAACCAGUAGCACAGCAUUUUUGAUGUUCCCUGUUUGUCUUUCGCAGUAAGAACUAGCACAGUAUUACCAAUGUGACCAAAAAUAAAAAGGGAUAAAGAUGA